AUGUUUCUGUGCGGAGUGGCCCCGCCUAAAGACCAGGAUGAUGAUUGUUGGGACCCUGAUGAAUUGGCAUUCCCCUAUCAUCAGCUAUUCGAGAAUACCAUCCGGCAAAGCAUCGCUCGUCGUGUCCCGGCAUUUGAAAGCAUAGAAAUUAUUUCUUCGUGGGCUGGUCUUGAUGACUUCAACACUAGUAGUACCAUGGGUCAGAAUAGUGCAAUCAUUGACUUUCACCCCGAGAUGCCAAAUGUGUUCAUGGUUCAUGGAUUCUCAGGGCAUGGUUUGCAACACAGCCCAGCGGCUGGUCGGGCAGCAGCAGGGACGUUGGAAUACGGCGCUUUCGCUUCCUUAUUGACCUUGAGUUGUUUUCGUUUGACGGCGAAGUGUGAUUGGAAGGAGGAAUGGGAUAAAGUGAACCGUAGUCACUAA